UUUUUAUUUACUGUGAAAGAAAUAUUUUGAUGUUUUUUUUAUAUUUUAUUAGAAACCUAUUAACAAAUUUAUAAUAAUGACCGAAGCAUCAUUUAGUAAGCCAACAAAUGAUUCACCAUUUUUUCGAAACGAACCUGUAAAUUACACGACUGAAAUUCGUCAAAUGAUGCAUGGAUUUGGAGACAGUAGUGAACCAUUAAUUGAAUCUGCAAAAAUUGUAGAAGAAGUUGUUUUGCAACAAAUGAGAACAAUAAUAAAGAAAGCUUGCGAAGUUUCCGAAAGACGAGGAAAUUCAAAAAAAAAUAUCUGUGUUUCUGCAGAAGAUUUAAUUUUUUUAUUACGUAAAAACAAAAUAAAAUUGCAGCGACUUAUAAAAUAUUUAGACUUAAAACAAUUUAAAGCUUCUAUACACAAAACUAUAGAUAGUGAUUUGCCUGAAGAUAUUCUGGAAAAUGAAAAUUUAAAUGGAUCCAAAAAUAAAGGACCACUUUAUAAUUUUCUUAAUGAAAUUAACAACACUGGUGAACUUCUUGAAGAUGCAUCUACUAUAGAUGAAGUUAAGCAACAAAGAUGUGUUCGUGCUGAAAUUAUGACAAGAUCUAUGGAUGAAGCUAGAUAUUUGAAAUUUAGUAAAGCACGUAAUGCAUCAUUUGCAAAUAAAAAUCGACACAAAUUUAGUGACUGGAUAGCAUCAGAAAGUGAUGUAACAAUAUCAAAACAAGCAUAUACAAUUUUGGGUUAUUUAGCAUAUGAAACAGUAGCACAAAUUAUAGAUUUUGCAUUAUUAGUAAGACAAGAUCAAAAUAAAAUAUUUGGAGAUGCAAUAGAUCGACUAAGACUUAGUUAUGUUAAUCCUUAUACUUACAAACCAUAUUAUCAUGGCAAGCAGGUAGCUGUAACAAAACCAAUAACACCUGCUGAAAUAAUUGAAGCUCUCAGACGGUAUUGGUCUCCUCAGUUAGAUAUGACUGGUCCAUUUAAUCGUUGGUCCAUGAAAAAAUCACAUUUAAAACUUCUAUCAUGUUAAGAUAAAUAAGCAGGGUAAGAAUUAAUUUAAUUAUAAAAGAAAAGUAUAUGUCUUGUAUAAAAAAAUUAUCAGUAUUUUAUAUUAAGUUAAAUUAGAAUAUAGAGAUAUUUUAA